GCCAUGCAGAGAUACUUUCAGGUGCUGAACGACUGUCUUGCGGAGAAUGUGCGCAUAGAGAUCAACCAAUGGUCGACGGCAAUAUCUUUUGCCGGCCGUUGUGUGAGACAUCUCACGAAUAACGAGAUCAGGCGAGCCAUCGAGACUUGGAUGCACAUGGAACAACAUGGACACGCAGCCGAUCAUGUCACAUUCAACAUUCUUUUUGACGUCGCUAUAAAAGCCGGACGAUUCGCACUUGCCGACACGAUAUUCAACGAGAUCAAGAGCAGAGACAUGCCCCUCGACAGAUGGGCUCGCGGCAGUUUAAUUUAUUACGCUGGUUUAAGAAGAGAGGGCGAUUCUGUGAGAAAAGCUUUUAAGGACUUCGUGGAAUCUGGAGAGAUCGUGGACACAAAGAUCAUGAACUGCGUUGUGGUCAGCCUUCUGCGAUCUGGAGAGCCAUCUGCCGCUGAGCAUGUUUUCGAGCGCAUGAAGAGCUUACAUCAUGACAAGUUUGGCACCAGAAGCCUGAGCGAUUGGAGAGCAACGAAAGAGAUGAAGAUUCUGCUAAAUCAAACGGCUAAGCAGCUGCGCAAGGAGAAGCAAAAGCAUGAGACAACAUUUUUCGGCGCGCCGUUCGCUUCUGACCAGAAACGCGAUGAAAUCCAGAAAGCGGCUCCCAUCGCACCUGAUGCUGAGACGUACAUGAUUUUGAUUAAUUAUCACGCCUGCAGAAGUGGUGACAUCGACAAGAUCUGGGAUCUGAUGGAAGAGAUGCGCGAGCAUGAAUUCCGUCCUCAUGGCAGCACAUACCUGUAUUUACUGCGUGGUUUCCACGCUCACGGAGGUUAUCCAUUCUCGGCGUGGAAUCAUAGACGGCUUGAAGAGACUUGGCAGGAAGCCGUGAGAUUUUGCUCUCCAAAUCGUACGGUCUACAUGACGACGAGCUUCGGCAUUGCGGCCAUCCGUGCUUUCUACCAUUGUAUGGGAAGGAAGCGUAUGUUGGCUGUGUGGGAAGAGCUCAGGACACGCUGG